CCCCUCGCGGGGAGGGAGGCGGAGGGGCCCCGGACGCCGCGCGCAGACUUGCUCCGGCUGCUUGCCGCGCCGCUCUUCGCUGAGAUUGGUAGCAGUAGUCGCGGAGGCUGCGGGGGUUCCCGGCGCCCGCAGCUCCUCCCGGGUAGAGCAGGAGGCGAGCGCGCCUCUCCCGCGCCUCCUGUAUCCCAAUCUGCUCCUCGCGCGCUGCUACGCCGCUGCCCGGGACUCGCCGCUCGACAUGGUUUUCCUCCUGGCGCUGGUGAUCGGGUCCUCGCUCUACCUGCAGGCAGCCGCGGAGUUCGACGGGAGGUGGCCCAGACACAUCGUGUCAUCCAUUGGCCUGUGUCGUUAUGGUGGGAGGAUUGACUGCUGCUGGGGCUGGGCCCGCCGGUCCUGGGGACAAUGUCAGCCUUUCUACGUCUUAAGGCAGAGAAUAGCCAGGAUCAGGUGCCAGCUCAAAGCUGUGUGCCAACCACAGUGCAAACAUGGUGAAUGUAUCGGCCCCAACAAAUGCAAAUGUCAUCCUGGUUAUGCUGGGAAAACCUGCAAUCAAGACGAACACUCCUACCCAACUCCUCUUGACCAAGGCAGUGAACAGCCUCUUUCACAACCCCCGGAUCAUCAAGCCACAAGUUUACCUUCAAGGGAUCUAAACGAGUGUGGCCUGAAGCCUCGGCCCUGCAAGCACAGAUGUAUGAACACCUACGGCAGCUACAAGUGCUACUGUCUCAACGGAUACAUGCUCAUGCCGGAUGGGUCCUGCUCCAGCGCCCUGACUUGCUCCAUGGCAAACUGUCAGUAUGGCUGCGAUGUUGUCAAAGGACAGAUCCGGUGCCAGUGCCCCUCUCCUGGCCUACAGCUGGCUCCUGAUGGGAGGACCUGUGUGGACAUUGAUGAAUGUGCUACUGGAAGAGCCUCCUGCCCCAGAUAUAGGCAAUGUGUCAACACUUUUGGGAGUUACAUCUGCAAAUGUCAUAAAGGCUUCGACCUCAUGUAUAUCGGAGGCAAAUACCAAUGUCACGAUAUAGAUGAAUGCUCCCUGGGUCAGUAUCAGUGCAGCCGCUUCGCACGGUGUUACAACAUACACGGGUCCUACAAGUGUAAAUGUAAAGACGGAUACCAGGGCGACGGGCUGCGUUGUGUGUAUAUUCCAAAAGUCAUGAUCGAACCUUCAGGCCCAAUUCAUGUACCAAAGGGAAAUGGUACCAUUUCAAAGGGUGAUGGAGGACAGAGUAACUGGAUUCCUGAUGUUGGAAGUACGAGGUGGCCUCUGAAGACACCAUACAUACCUCCUGUCAUUACCAACUGGCCCACUUCUAAGCCAACAACAAGACCUACACCAAAGCCAAUGCCACAGCCUACCCCUCCCCCACCCCCACCCCCACCCACAGAACUCAGAACCCCUCCACCAGCAACAACUCCAGAAAGACCAACCACCAGACUGACCACCGUAGCACCAGUUGCCACUACGUCUCCAAGAGGGUUCACGGUUGACAACAGGAUACAGACAGAUCCUCAGAAACCCAGAGGAGAUGUGUUCAUUCCACGGCAGCCUUCAAAUGACUUGUUUGAAGUAUUUGAAAUUGAAAGAGGAGUCAGUGCAGAUGAUGAAGCAAAGGAUGAUCCAGGUGUUCUGAUACACAGCUGUAAUUUUGACCAUGGGCUUUGUGGAUGGAUCCGGGAAAAAGACAGUGACUUGCACUGGGAACCAGUGAGGGAUCCAGCAGGUGGACAGUACCUGACAGUCUCGGCAGCCAAAGGCCCGGCGGGACGGGCCGCUCGCUUGCUGCUCCCUCUCGGCCACCUCCUGCACUCAGGGGACCUGUGCCUGUCGUUCAGGCACAAGGUGACGGGGCUGCACUCCGGCACGCUCCAGGUGUUUGUGAGAAAACACGGUGCCCACGGAGCAGCCCUGUGGGGAAGAAAUGGUGGCCAUGGCUGGAGGCAAACGCACAUCACCUUGCGAGGGGCUGACGUCAAGAGCGUCAUCUUCAAAGGUGAAAAAAGGCGUGGUCACACUGGGGAGAUUGCAUUGGAUGAUGUGAGCUUGAGAAAAGGCCACUGCACUGAAGAACGCGAGCAACUCCAGAACUAGCAAUGAACCCCCGUGUUGCUCCCUUUUCUUUUUCCGAUAUUCACUUCCUGUCCUCUCCUCCCCCUUAUCAGGCCUAGAGGAAGAGUGGGUCAGGAGAAAGUCUGGUGGGUGACCCACAUCUUGCUGGCCUGCUUUUGUGCAAUCCCAAUGAACAGUGACACCCUCCUUGAAAUACAGGGGGGCAUCUAUAGAUGCAUCCAAAGCCAUCUUUGGGUGUUACCUUCCUUCCUGAAUCUCUUUGAAGAAAGCCUUUGACAUGGGUGACCUAUACUAUCCUUCAUCCUGGUUACAGGGUGUUCCUUGUAGCUAAUUAUGGGAGAAGUUUUCAAAAGAAAUCUGUGCAAAUGGCCAUUCUGUUAUUUGUUCAGUGUUGUACCAUGAGUAGUAUUGACUUUGCCUAAAAUGCGUUGUACAAUGUGCUUGUGAAAUUGGUUUCUCCUCUCCACUUUGUUAGUUCUGGUCUGACCUGAACACUGACUUUUACUGCCUUCACUUUAUAGAAGAAGGGUGUGGAACACGUGGAGAUGCCUUUGUUCUUGUUACCUGUAUUUUUCUCUUAAAGAUAGUUAUGUAGAGUGGGCACAUAAUCCCUCAUCAGUAGCCCUGUGUUCUGUGUAUAUGUGCUAUGGAUAUUAAAAUAGUUCCAUGUUCCUAAUAUUUGCAAACUCUAGUUGCAAGGGGAAAGGCAGCUUGUGAUCUCUCAAGUUAAAAAAUACACAGUGGGUUGUCAUCCAGUUCCAUGAGAAAAUUGGCAGAGGUUGUCGAGUUGUGGUAGUAAGGGGAUGAAUGUUUUAAUGGCCUUGAGUUUGGUCACUGCAAAGGAUAGUAGACAGCUCAAGACAGGAAACUGCAGUUAACAUAUAAAACUCUCACCGUUUCAGGUUACACUUUAAAACCAACAGCUCUUACCCUAACAGCCUGGCUCUUUCUGGUAAUCCAUCAGAAGCUUUAUGAAAGUUCUCGUUGUUUCAGAGGAAAGAUUCUGUUUGUGGAAGCAGGGUGUGGGGCAGCUCCGUUGAAACAGAUUUUCAUACUGAUUUUUAAAUCAGUGUAAAUCUAGGCAGAUCUAGAUCAUAACUUACGUGUUGUGUCAGGAUGGGACAGGAAGCAGGUCCCAUGCUUUGAGGCACCGGAUGUGCUGGAAUGGGAUUCAUACUAGAGCCAACGCGACAAGAUUGGCAUUCUUAAGACCCGUGAGCCCCCAGCUUUAUUUCCUCCCUGCAGGUUUUACCUUUACAUUAACAAAUACCUAAGUUUUAAAAGGCCAUUUUUUCCUGAGGCUGAUUUCUGAUUAAGUAAUCAAAAUAUUUUCUGCUGUUUUUGCCAGGAGUCACAAAGAUGAUUAAAGGGUUGGAAAAAAAGAUCUAUGAUGAAAAAGUAAAGGAACUGGGAUUAUUCAGCGUGGAGAAGAGAAGACUGAGGGGCAAACCAUUGCUGGUUUUCAAGUAUAUGAAGGGUGGGUACAGAGAGGACGGUGACCAGCUGUUCUCCAUAUGCACUAAGAAUAGAACAAGAGGAAACAGGCUCAGACUGGAGUGUGAGGGAACAUUUCCUGGCAGGGACAGUUGUUAAAUUAGAAUCCUUUGUUUAAAAAUGAAAUUUUUUGGAGGCUUUAAAAAAAUGUGAUCAUUUUUCUAUUUAAGAUGGUUAACGAUGUUCUUACCUCAAGGUAGCAUAACAGAUUACAGAAUCUCCCCAAAGAUGUUUUGCUCCUAUUUCUAUAUCAAGAAAAUCUCCAGAACUAGGUAACUUGGACUAGACUAAGGUCUAAUUCAGGUUAUUUCCCAUGCGGCCUCCUAAUGGAGAACAAAAAAAAUCCACCAAAUGCUGAGCUCACUAAAAUGUCUCCCCCUUUAUGGCAAACCUAGCAGUAUUAAAUAGAAAAAAAAGAAAGACAAAAGUAAAAAUCUCUUUAUUGCAAAAGAGUAUGAUGGAUAGAUAUUUUAGUAUCUCUAUAAUAUCCUAACGUGUAGUAUAUGUAUUUUUUUUUUUUUUUGCUUGGUAAAGGUGUAACCCUUUCACUUGUGAAAGGGAUGAGAUUUCAGAUUUUUAAAGAGACCCUAUCAAAGAACACAGUUUAGAGAGAUUUUUAUUUGGUUCAUUCCCUCUGCAAUGUGUGUUGACAGCUUAACUUGGCUACUGAAAAAGAGGGCCAUGCCUAUCACCACUGCCAGGACCUUCCCUUCACCUAAUGCUACAGGUUUCUCUGAGUGAUUAGAAUCUCCCAAAUGGUAUUAUUUUUGGAACAAUAGAUACAAUAGGAUGUCUUUCAUCAUUUAACUUGGUGGAGGCAGGGCCAGAGGGGGACUAUAAAUCAGUAAGCCUUUGAGUAAGGGCCAGAAAAUAUGGCCUUAGAUCCAUUUCUAAUGAUUCAUUUCCUUUUUGGUCAUAUUAACUGCACAACCGAAGAUGAAAGGGGAAAACAGAAAAUUUCACUUUUAGGUGCCAAUAAUACAUUGCACUACACUGAUGGAAGAAGUUAUCCAAAGUACUGUAUAACAUCUUGUUUAUUAUUUAAUGUUUUCUAACGUGAAAAAUGUUAGUGGUUUUCCAAACAGCCAAAUAAAAAGAAUUUCUUUGUAAAUUAAAACACUUAAUACUA